AUGCUUGAUGGAACUUUAUGGAUAGAAUAUAAUAGUACAUGUAGUGGAAAUAUAAGUUCAACUGGUAUCACAAAAUUUGUAUAUUCUUUACCAAUAUUAAUAUUAAGCAUAAUUGCUUUAAUCUUAAAUGGAUUAUGUAUCUCGGUAUUUUCAAGACAACAUAGAAAAUCGGUUAUGCGAACAAAAUAUACAACACAACUUAUUUGUUCAUCUAAUCCACGAAUGAUUAAACCAACAGAAUUUAUUUUAUUUGCUCUUAUUAAUUGGGGCUCUGAUUGUUCUUUAUGUACACCAAUAAAAUUCAUUUAUGGAUUUCUAUGGAUUCUAUCUGGAUUUCUUGCUAUUGUACGUGCAUUUUAUGAUUAUGCAAUUAUUUGUAACCCAUUGAGUGAUGAUCAAAUGAACAGUGCGAUUGCACAACCGCAUGAAACAUUCUCACCGAAUACAAAUACAAAUUUAGAUUUCUCUAAUGAUUUUCAUAAGAAAACAACCAUUGUAACAUAUAUUGACGCUUUACUAGAUCAAAAUAUCAUAAUCAAUUAUGAAGCAUAUUGUUUUUUUAUAUUUCAAGUUAUUGCGCAACAUUGA